AUGGUCCUGGAUAUUCAAGCACAAAGUUCAAAAAUUUCUGCUCUAGCCUUCAACUUACCCAUGUUACGGGAAUCCCCUAUAACCCACAAGAACAGGAGGAGUGAUGUAGCGGAAGGUGGGACGCAAGUGGCUGCAGGGAAAUUGGGGCGGAGCCUCCGUCAGCGGUGCUGUUUGCCCUUUGCCUGUCAUUGUUCGGAAUUCUGCUUGGUGGGGAGCCAAGCGCUGCAGACCCGGGUGCGGGGGACACGGCGGGCGCCGCGGGGACCUGGAGACUCCGGAGCCGCAGUGUCCGCGCGGGGCGGCCUGGGAAAGUCAGCGUCAGCAGCAGCGCAGUGGCGGGAACCGCAGCCCGGCGGCCCUGGCCCAGGGAAGAGAGCCAUGUCUUCCUUAGUCCUGAAAGAGGAAAUCAAAGAAGAGGAACAAGAAGAAAUAGCUAUUUCUCCAGCAAAUACAUCACAGGGUGUGUUGACAUUUGGGGAUGUGUCUGUGGACUUCACACCGGAGGAGUGGCAAUGCCUGGACUCUGCUCAGAGGGCUUUGUGCAUUGAUGUGCUGUUGGAGAAUUAUAAGAACCUGAUCUAUGUGGAGAAGUAUUGCAAGUAUCAUCCUGUACAUAUCCAUGUGAAGACUGAAAAUGAAUCUUGUCAGUGUGAUGAGCUUGGCAAAGUGCUUCAUGACCCCUCCACAUGUGCACUUCAUAGAACAAGUGAAUCUACAGAAAACUCUAAUAACUACACAUGCAGUAGUCACAGGGAUGCCUUUGUUGACUCAUCAAACCCAGACAGAUAUGAAAGCAUGGGUACCGGAGAAGAACCUUGCCAGUCUCAAGACUGUGAAACAUCUAUAACUUUGUGUUCCAACAUUACUCAAGAUCAGAGAGUCUACACUUCAGAGAAAGAGCAGAGGCAGGAAGAACAUAAUGACUCUUUAAGCUCUGCACACCGUGUUGUGCAACAACCAGUCAACAUUGGAGAGGCACCACACCAAUGUAGGGUAUGCAGGAAAUGUUUCAGGACUGCCUCAUGCCUCACUGAACAUCAAAAGAUUCAUACUGGAAUUACACCCUACAAAGGCAACAUUUGUGAAAAAUCCUUUAACCAGUGUUCAGGUCCGAAAAUACAUCAAAAUGUUUUGUCUUGGGAGAAAACUUACAAAUGUAUGGAAUGUGACAAGUCCUUUACCCAGAGCUUACAACUUAAAGCACAUCAGAGAAGUCAUACCAGAGAGAGACCAUUCGGUCAGGAAUGUGACAAGUCCUUUACACAUGACUCACAAUUUAGAAGUCGUCAGAUAGGUCCUACUGGAGAGAGACCUUGCAGUCAGGAAAAUGACAAUUCCUUUACCAGUUGCUCAGAUCUUAGAAGACAUGAGAGAAUUCCACCUGGAGAGAGACCUUGCAGUCAGGAAUGUGACAAAUCCUUUACCAGUUGCUCAGAUCUUAGAAGACAUGAGAGAGUUCCUACUGGAGAGAGACCUUGCAGUCAGGAGUGUGACAAAUCCUUUACACAUGACUCACAACUUAGAAGUCGUCAGAUAGUUCCUACUGGAGAGAGACCUUGCGAUCAGGAAAAUGACAAUUCCUUUACCAGUUGCUCAAAUCUUAGAAGACAUGAGAGAGUGCCUACUGGAGAGAGACCUUGCAGUCAGGAAUGUGACAAGUCCUUUACACAUGACUCACAACUUAGAAGUCAUCAGAGAGUUCCUACUGGAGAGAGACCUUGCGAUCAGGAAAAUGACAAUUCCUUUACCAGUUGCUCAGAUCUUAUAAGACAUGAGAGAGUUCCUACUGGAGAGAGACCUUGCAGUCAAGGAAAUGACAAAUCCUUUACACAUGACUCACAACUUAGAAGUCGUCAGAUAGUUCCUACUGGAGAGAGACCUUGCAGUCAGGAAAAUGACAAUUCCUUUACCAGUUGCUCAGAUCUUAGAAGACAUGAGAGAGUUCCUACUGGAAAGAGACCUUGCAGUCAAGGAAAUGACAAAUCCUUUACAGAUGACUCACAACUUAGAAGUCAUCAGAGAGUUCCUACUGGAGAGAGACCUUGCGAUCAGGAAAAUGCCAAAUCCUUUACCAGUUGUUCAGAUCUUAGAAGACAUGAGAGAGUUCCUACUGGAGAGAGACCUUGCAGUCAGGAGUGUGACAAAUCCUUUACACAUGACUCACAACUUAGAAGUCAUCAGAGAGUUCCUACUGGAAAGAGACCUUGCAGUCAGGAGUGUGAAAAAUCCUUUAUACAUGACUCACAACUUAGAAGUCGUCAGAUAGUUCCUACUGGAGAGAGACCUUGCAGUCAGGAAAAUGACAAUUCCUUUACCAGUUGCUCAGAUCUUAGAAGACAUGAGAGAGUUCCUACUGGAAAGAGACCUUGCAGUCAAGGAAAUGACAAAUCCUUUACAGAUGACUCACAACUUAGAAGUCAUCAGAGAGUUCCUACUGGAGAGAGACCUUGCGAUCAGGAAAAUGACAAUUCCUUUACCAGUUGCUCAGAUCUUAGAAGACAUGAGAGAGUUCCUACUGGAAAGAGACCUUGCAGUCAGGAAUGUGACAAGUCCUUUACACAUAACUCACAACCUAGAAGUCAUCAGAGAGUUCCUACUGGAAAGAGACCUUGCAGUCAGGAAAAUGCCAAAUCCUUUACCAGUUGCUCAGAUCUUAUAAGACAUGAGAGAGUUCCUACUGGAGAGAGACCUUGCAGUCAGGAGUGUGACAAAUCCUUUACACAUGACUCACAACUUAGAAGUCGUCAGAUAGUUCCUACUGGAGAGAGACCUUGCGAUCAGGAAAAUGACAAUUCCUUUACCAGUUGCUCAGAUCUUAGAAGACAUGAGAGAGUUCCUACUGGAAAGAGACCUUGCAGUCAGGAAUGUGACAAGUCCUUUACACAUAACUCACAACCUAGAAGUCAUCAGAGAGUUCCUACUGGAGAGAGACCUUGCAGUCAGGAAAAUGCCAAAUCCUUUACCAGCUGCUCAGAUCUUAGAAGACAUGAGAGAGUUCCUACUGGAGAGAGACCUUGCAGUCAGGAGUGUGACAAAUCCUUUACAGAUGACUCACAACUUAGAAGUCAUCAGAGAGUUCCUACUGGAGAGAGACCUUGCAGUCAGGGAAAUGACAAAUCCUUUACAGAUGACUCACAACUUAGAAGUCAUCAGAGAGUUCCUACUGGAGAGAGACCUUGCAGUCAGGAAAAUGACAAUUCCUUUACCAGUUGCUCAGAUCUUAGAAGACAAGAGAGAGUUCCUACUGGAAAGAGACCUUGCAGUCAAGGAAAUGACAAAUCCUUUACAGAUGACUCACAACUUAGAAGUCAUCAGAGAGUUCCUACUGGAAAGAGACCUUGCAGUCUGGAAAAUGGCAAAUCCUUUACCAGUUGCUCAGAUCUUAGAAGACCUGAGAGAGUUCCUACUGGAAAGAGACCUUGCAGUCAGGGAAAUGACAAAUCCUUUACACAUGACUCACAACUUAGAAGUCGUCAGAUAGUUCCUACUGGAGAGAGACCUUGCAGUCAGGAAAAUGACAAUUCCUUUACCAGUUGCUCAGAUCUUAGAAGACAUGAGAGAGUUCCUACUGGAAAGAGACCUUGCAGUCAAGGAAAUGACAAUUCCUUUACAGAUGACUCACAACUUAGAAGUCAUCAGAGAGUUCCUACUGGAAAGAGACCUUGCAGUCAGGGAAAUGACAAAUCCUUUACACAUGACUCACAACUUAGAAGUCGUCAGAUAGUUUCUACUGGAGAGAGACCUUGCAGUCAGGAAAAUGACAAUUCCUUUACCAGUUGCUCAGAUCUUAGAAGACAAGAGAGAGUUCCUACUGGAAAGAGACCUUGCAGUCAAGGAAAUGACAAAUCCUUUACAGAUGACUCACAACUUAGAAGUCAUCAGAGAGUUCCUACUGGAAAGAGACCUUGCAGUCUGGAAAAUGGCAAAUCCUUUACCAGUUGCUCAGAUCUUAGAAGACCUGAGAGAGUUCCUACUGGAGAGAGACCUUGCAGUCAGGAAAAUGACAAAUCCUUUACACAUGACUCACAACUUAGAAGUCAUCAGAGAGUUCCUACUGGAGAGAGACCUUACAAAUGUAAGGAAUGUGACAAAUCCUUUACCCGGGAGACACACCUUAGAACACAUCAGAGGGUUCAUACUGGCGAGAAACCUUAUAAAUGUAUGCAAUGUGACAAAUCCUUUACCUGGAACUCACAACUUAGAAGCCAUCAGAGUGCUCACACUGAGGAAAAACACUACAAAUGUAUGGAAUGUGACAAGUCCUUUACACAUGACUCACAACUUAGAAGUCAUCAGAGAGUUCAUACUGGAGAGACACGUUACAGUUGUCAGGAAUGUGACAAAUCCUUUACCAGUUGCUCAGAUCUUAUCAGACAUGAGAGAAUUCAUACUGGAGAGAGACCUUACAAAUGUAUGGAAUGUGAUAAAUCCUUUACGCGGGACACACAUCUUAGGACACAUCAGAGGGUUCAUACCGGGGAGAAACCUUACAAAUGCAUUAAAUGUGACAAAUCCUUUACCUGGAACUCACAACUUAAAAGACAUCGGAGUGUUCAUACUGAGGAGAACCCUUACAACUCUGUGGAACGUGGCAAGUCCUUUACCCAAGACACACAACUUAAAACACAUCAGAGACUUCAUACUAGAGAGAGACCUUACAGUUGUCAGGAAUGUGACAAAUCCUUUACCAGCUGCUCAGAUCUUAAAAGACAUGAGAGAGUUCAUACUGGAGAGAGACCUUACAAAUGUAUGGAAUGUGACAAGUCCUUUACCCGGGACACACACCUUAGAACACAUCAGAGGGUUCAUACUGGGGAGAAACCUUACAAAUGUAUGGAAUGUGACAAAUCCUUUACCUGGAAUGCACAAUUUAGAAGACAUCAGCGUGUUCACACUGGGGGGAAACCUUACAACUCUGUGGAAUGUGACAAGUCCUUUACAAAGGACUCGAAUCUUAGAACACGUCAGAGAGUUCGUACUGGAAAGAAACCUUACAGUUGUCAGGAAUGUGAUAAAUCCUUUGUCUGUUGCUCAGAUCUGAAAAGACAUGAGAGAGUUCAUACUGGAGAGAGACCUUACAAAUGUAAGGAAUGUGGCAAAUCCUUUACCAGGGACACACAUCUUAGAACACAUCAGAGGGUUCAUACUGGGGAGAAACCUUACAAAUGUAUGGAAUGUGACAAGUCCUUUACCUGGAACUCACAAUUUAGAAGCCAUCAGAAUGUUCACAAUGGGGGAAAACCUUACAAAUGUAUGAAAUGUGAGAAGUCCUUUACCAAGCUGUCACUUCUCAUAAUACAUCAGAGAGUUCAUACUGGAAAGAGACCUUGCAGUUAUAAGGAAUCAGACAAAGUUUUUACCAGUUGCUCAGAUCUUAGAGGACAUCAGAGAGUUCAUAUUAGGGAGAAACCUUACAAAGAUUCACUAUUUGACAAACCCUUUUCCCGGAACACAAAUCUUAGAACAUAUGAGAGAGUUCAUACUAAAGAGAGACUUAGCAGUAGUAAGGAAUGUGACAAAUCCUUUAGUAGGUUCAAAAAUCUUAGAACAUAUCAGAAAAUUCAUACUGGAAAUAAAAUUUCCAAAUGCAAAGACUGAUGUGUCCUAUAUCCACAUUACAUGUCUUAGGAGACAUUAGGAAAUUCAUACUAGAGAGAAAAACACCAUUGUAAAUUAUGUGACAUAGCAUUUUAUUGUAUUCUCUGCUUACAAAGUACAACAGUAUAUACAAUAGGAAGAUAAAGAUAAGAAACUUGUAGAAACCUUUAAUGAAGUUUAAAUCUUAGAAAAUAUCACAUAGUUUGGGCCAGAUUACAAUUCUCCCCAUGUUACUGUGGUAAAAUCCCACUUCUUUUACUGUGUGUGUGCUUUGUCUGCUUGUCUUGCUGGCACGAUAUACAGGUAUGGUGCAGGCAGAGGCCAGAAUGGUCAUCAGAUGCCCUAAAGCUGUAAUUACAGAUAAUUGUGAGCUGCUGGGUGUGUGUUGGGAAUCGAACCCCUGUCCUCUGAAAGAACACCCCAAGGAUCUUAAACACUAAGUGAUAUCUCCAGCCCCUGGGAACAGCUGUCAUAAAAACAUUUAUCUUGUUAAACAUCCAAAAAUUCAUAACUGUGUCAGGCAUGAUGGUGCCUUCAAUUCUUCACUCAGAAGACAGGAAUAGUAGGAUCUCUAAGUGUGAGGCCAUCCUCAUCAACAUAGUAAGUUCCAUGACACAUAUGAUUACAUGAACCCUGUCUCUAAAAAAGAAAAAAAUCAUGAGGACAAAAUGUAAUGACAUAAAAAUGUUAACAGGCCUUAGUUUUGUCUCUAAUUUUGCUGUGAAUCACAAAAUUCAUCUUCUGAUCAAGCUUAUCUUUAUAAUUCAUUUCUGGCUGGUCAUUGAAAGUUCCAUCACCGGAAUGCAUUCGAUUUAACAAAUCCUUUACCUAAUUCUAAAUUGUAUGCCUUAACAACAACAAAAUUAACGGGUGGCCCUGCCCGGGUUAGAUCGACCAGGAAGAGGAAGACAAGCACUGCAUUGAGACUUUGUGCACUAUACCGUGUAUCAUGGGAGCUUGCACGCAGUAGAUGUCGGCUCUUUAACCGAUAAAGUGGAGAAGAUGCGGAACAACUUAAAACAGGUGCCAGGCUCUGUUGAGCCAUGAAGGAGGAUGCCACACCUAGUGUAUGGGAUGAACUCCAGCAGGUGUCUGUCUGACAAAGAGAAAAGCAUCCGUCUGGGAGAGUCCACUCCCCAGCAGCAGGGAAGUCCCUUACGAGAAACGUUACCUUACAGCUGGGACUCAGCCCUUCAAAAAACCUUUUCAAGACAAAACCAAAACUAUGCUGUGGAGAUCUCGCAGAUUGUUGAAAUAAGCAUUGAGAAAGACCAAUGACUCGAAUGCCACCCAGGAACAAAGCUUCCUCAAAGAGUCUCCUACUCUCAACACCCCCCAUGGGGAGGGAAGGAGAAGCAUUCCCUUUCCAUAAAAGAGCCAGAGUUCAUUGAAUACUGAGAGGAAGUUUGGUAGAACGUGAAGCAGCCUUAGAGGAGACAGGCACUGUGGAGUCCUUUGGUCGGGAGCCCUCUCUGAGGCAGAGGCUCCAGGACACUGUGGGUUUGUGUUUCCCUGUGAGACCUUACAGCAAGCAGUCAAAACCUCUCUUUCCAAUAAAAGAAAAUUUCACCUCUCUGAAUUAAUUCUGGAGAAAUGCACUUUUCCUGCUGCCUCAGGAGGGCCAUUGGAUUAAACAGCAUACAACUCCUGUGAGCCCACAUCCAACAUUUUUUGACACAUUUGAUCCGUCACUGGUGCUUCCAGAAGAUUAAGAUGGGCCCUGAGAGAGAAGAUGUCUUAGUAUUGAAGAAGUGGUGAAUCCUGCUCCCAAUGCCACAAAUGCACACAUUUGAAGCUGCUGCAUAGGUCAAUCCAUUGUACGAACUGGGACCAAAGUUGGCCCCCUGGGAUGAUGGAAAUAAGUGGUGAUGGUUCUUCAGUACCACAAAGGAAUUGUGACUCAACCACCCUGUCCCUGCAGUCAUGGAGACAGAAGCAGCACCCGGUGUCCUGGUAACUCCCCUUGCAUGUUAGCUGACAGGGAGCUUGGGAAGUUCAUAAGCAGAUCAGUUUCGUUCUGUGCCUUGUGCCGGGUUUGCUUCAGAUCACAGGGCAUCCCUGUUACUGGGGUGUGAUGCACCAAUAGGAAGCAGAAAUCAUUCUACAAGGGAGACCCGAAGGCACGUUUUUGUUCAGGGACUCUGCUCAGGAGGACUUCCUCCUCUCUGGGAGCUUCAGCGGCAUCAACAGAUCCCUGCAUGCCUAACUCGAACAGUGGAACCACAACUUAAGCUUUGAUGCCCUGACCCUUGUGAGUUUCACUCCUCGACUGUCACUGGGCUUCUGGAACAUUAUAAAGACCCAUCUGUUGCAUGUUUUUUUUUUUAAAGCAUUGCUUAUGAUAUCACUGAAUAAGACUUUUCUCUUCAGCCUGCAGUGUUCCUGCCCUGCAGUGAUCUGCAGGGCACUAUGUAUGAGGGGAUUGGUGGAAUCCCUCUGCCAUCAGUCUUACAGGAUUUUUUUAAAGAGUAGCACUAUAAACAGAAAGUUGGGGUUUGCUGGUUAGAGAGAGAACCAAUCAAGGCAAAGUAACCUCUGUCCCCUAGUUGCUCUCUUGUGUAUCAGACAGUACAGUCACAGGAAGCACAGAGUCGGCUUCCAGGGUUUUUCAUCUACAAUGUGAACUUAGUCCUUAGCCUCUAACCAGUGGGAUCUUGUAUUACCCAGACAAAGAUGCCACUUGCAGGUGUCCAUGGCUUGCAGGUGUCCAUGGCUGUGAAAACACAGCUAGUUGGUGAGCGGUUGGCUUUUAAUGGCUGUGAUGACUGAGUGAGAAAACUCUGGAGCAUUUGUUAUGAAGAAUUCUAUUUCUUACUAAAGGACAAAUUCAACAGUGUUACUCAUGUUUGAAAUUAGUUUUUCUAAGAAUUUUUCUGUAACCUCCCAAAAGCAUUGAUGUUUGCACUUAACUAUAAAGCAAGCUUAGAAAGAGCAAGACACAUGAGUAAACAAAAGGCCGUUUUCCUUUGAGAGAAAAAAUGCAUUUUUUUUUUGGCCACAGGGCAUUGUGAAGUGUUCAUGUGUUGUUAUGGUCAGUGUCCUUUUGUCCCCAGAGAAAAAGACCUUCAGGUAAAACAAGGUCUCUAAGAUAGUUUUUCCAAGGUCAGAGUUAAAGGUUAGUCUUGUUUCUGGCAUGAGCACUGUGACUUCAGACAGCCUUGCAGUUCAAGAUUCGAGGGGGACUUUUUCUCAGUUGACACAUGCAGUUCCCACAUUGUUUCAUUAGAGUUGGAUCUUUUCCUGUGCUCUUGAGCUUGCGAACCUGGAGGGAAAUGAGACUAGAAGAUGCCCAGACACACCUCAUGAGAGUGACUCCACUGGUUGCUGAUGUCAAGUUAUAUUAAACUACAGUUAAUCACUUG